CAAUUCAAUAUCCACCAUGCUUCUGAAAACAUUCAACUUAAUGCUUAUCGGCCUUGCCACAGUUAGCGUCAUUUUACCGCUAUUCACGAGGGGAUUGGACAGGGCUACAUGUGUUAUCGUCGGCGCCGUAUUGGCGUAUCUAAGUAUUAUGUUGGCAGGUAACAAACUAAACGUGGUAAUAUUGUGGGGGGUCACGGGCUUGGGUUCUGCGACUGUAUUAUGGGAUUCUUACAACAGGUUACUUGGUGGAGAAGAAAUGACCAACUUUGAGAUCGGGUUUCAGAUCUACCAACUGACAGUAGCCACGAUUGCGAUGUUAGUCUUUGCCGUCACUGCGACGGCUAAAAAUUCAGCGGGUACUAGUGAAUAAACGCGAGGCCCGAGACCAACCAACCACCACGGGAAUACAACUGAGCAUGCGCUUACGACGAAUUACCAUGCCUAGCUAAGUGUAGCGUUAGUAGUGGAGCGGCACAGUGAUGACGCUAUACAGACCCAUGCGAUCGUGAAUUCAGCCGGAGGAAACUUCAGUCUCACAUCUGUAUAUCCUCGUGGCACGUAUGCGUUUAAUGAAACGGAAUUCCAUGGUAACUUAACUACCAAUGUUGCCAGUCCGGAAUACAUCGCCGUGUCGUUUUUACCCAGCGUGAUUGUUAACCUGAUUGCGACUGAGCUAGGUCUUAGAAAGCGUCUCGUUAUGCCGAGCGGCUUCACGCCAUUUGCUGCAGAAAAUUGGGAGGAUGUUAAUAC